GCACUGAUGGGUGGCACUGGUGGGCACAGGUGGGUGGAACUGGUGGGCACAGGUGGGUGGCACUGGUGGGCACAGGUGGGUGGCACGGGUGGGCACAGGUGGGUGGCACUGCUGGGCACAGGUGGGUGCAUUGCUGGGCACAGGUGAGCGCACUGCUGGGCACAGGUGGGCGGAACUUGUGUGUGGCACUGCUGGGCACCGAUCAUCAGGGCACUGAUGAUCAGUGAUCCUGAUGAUCGGUGCCGAUCCCCGCUCUGACAACUGCCGGUUUUCGGCAGCACUUUCCUCACGCUCUGACAGCGUGAGGAAAGUGUAGCCGAGAACCGGCAUUUGCAU